AUGAAUAGAAAUUUUUAUUGUUUAUUUAUAGAACACUAGGAAAAUGAUAUUAUUGGAUUUUGCUUAAAUAAAUAAUGUUAAACAAAUCCAUAAAUUUGUUUUUAUUGCAUUGUGGAUAAACAUAAAGAACACUUAAUUGAUUGUAAGAAUUUCAAGGCUUUGUAAUGCUUUAUUAAUACAGCUUUGGUAAACUCAUAGGCAACUUUAUUAGAAUUGAAAGAAGUCUAUGAAAAAAUAGAAUAAUAAUAUAAAAAUCAUUUUUAAAAAAUAUAAAGGGAAAUCUAAACUUUAAGCAAAAUUAAUCAAUUACUAAAAGACUAAUACUAUUAUGAGAUCAAAUAAGAAAUUAAUUUUUUAAAGGAUUUCAAUUCUUAAGAAUUAAAAGAAACAAAUUGUAAAAUAUUAAUAAAAAUUAGAUUAACUCUUAAAAACUUUUAAAGAGUUCGAGCAGACUUUAACUUAAUAAAGUAAAAAAAGUACCAUAAUCAACAGUUCAAAUUAAACUUAAGAAAAUAUAAGCUCUUCCUAAAUUAUUAUAGAUGAUUUGAUGGGGUUAGAAAUUAUAAACAAACUCUAUUAAACUGGUAAUAAAUUAUAAAAUUUUAGCUAUAUGUUUAUUUAAAGAAUAAAAAUACUAGGAAGCUUAAGAGAUUCUUGAAGAGUUGCUCUCCUCCUCUGAAUAUUCUAGUUAAGCUUUUUAAGAAAAAAAUAAUGAAGCUUUUUCAUUAUUAAUUUAAAUUUUAGUGAAACAAAAUCUUUUUUAAUAAGCUCUAAAAGUGAUUGAUAAACAGCUUCAAAAAAAUCCAAACUUAUGUGAAGCACUUUAUAAAAAAGGUAAAUUUAUAUAUUAGAUUUUUAAGGAUAGGUAUUAACAAUUAUAUAGAAUUUUGAAGAAUCAAUCAUUUAUUUUGAUAAAGCAAUUGCUAUAAAUCCUUAAAUGUUUUAAGCUUAUUAUGAUAAAGGUAUAGAUAAGAUAUUUUGCAAGCAAAAGCAUUAAAAUUUUUUAUUUUACACUUAUUAAAUAAAUGAGCUUAAAAAAUAUUCAGAAGCUGCAGAAUGUAGUUAGUAAGCCAUUUCUAUUAAUCCCUUAUAUUAUCAAGGAUAUAUAUAAAAAGGUAAUAUAAUAUAAUAUAAUAUAAUAUAAUAUAAUAUAAUAUAAUAAUUAGCCUUUUCUGCUUAUUCGGGCUAGACGAAUACGAAGAAGAAGCUUUAAAUUUGAUUGAUAAAGCCAUUGAGAUAAAUCCUUAAUAUGAAAUUGCCUACAAUAACAAAGGUAUGUUAUAUAUAGAUUCUAAUUAAAGCAUUUGCCUUACUAAGAUUACUUAGAUAUAAAGAAGCUAUAACUUGUUGUCAAAAAGCAAUUAAAUUAAAUCCUAAAUUUAGUUUCUCAUAUAACAAUAUAGGUAAAUAUAAAUUAUAUUUUAUAGGAUAUUGCUUAAUUAAUUUAAAUCGUAAGUAGGAGGCUAUCAAAUGGCUAGAUAAAGCUAUAGAACUAAAUCCAUAGCUAGCUUAAGCACAUAAGAAUAGAGGUAAAUUUCUUAUUGACUAAAUUACAGGAGAAGCUUUAAUUUAUUUAAACUAAUUAAAUGAAGCUCUAAAUUUUUUAGACUAAGCGAUUAAAAUUAACCCAAAAUUAAUUGAGGCACAUUAUAAUAAAGGUAUUUUAUAAUAAACCUUUAUAAAGCUCUUGCUUUAAUAUUGCUUAAUAAAUUAGAUCAAGCCAUAAAUAUCUGUGAUUACAUUCUUAAGAUUAAUCCUAAAUUUCAUGCUGCUAUUAAUUUGAAAGGUAAAUUAAAUACAAUAUAAUAUUUUAGGUGAUGUCUUACAUGCUUACAAAAAUUAUGAUAAUUCAAUUGAAUGCUUCUAAAAAGCUUUCUAAAUUUAGAAUGAUCCUAUUUAUUUGUCACAUAUUGGUACUAAUUGCUAUAAAAUUUUAUUUAGCAAAUUCGUUAUUAGCAGAUGGUAAAAAAAAUAUGGCUAAAUAAUACUAUUAAUAGGCUUUUAAUUAUGGUUAUAAAGAUUAGCAAUAUAUUAUUAGCCAAAUAAAAUUAUUAUCUUGA